AAUCUUAGUUCACUCCGAAAUGUGAGUCAGAAGGGAUUUUGGGUCAUGGGUAAUGCUCAGGGUCUCCAGUCUCUGGUUUCUUUGACGAUCACCUUAUGCAGGGGAGCCACAGAUGUUGGUCUUGAAGCUGUGGGAAAGGGAUGCCCGAAUCUGAAACAUAUGUGCAUUCGCAAGUGUUGCUUUAUUUCUGACGGUGGACUGGUUGCUUUCGCCAAAGCUGCUGGAUCUCUUGAGAGUGUACACUUGGAGGAGUGCAACAGGAUUACCCAAACGGGUAUCCUUAAUGCGGUUUCCAACUGCAGGAAAUUAAAGUCUCUUUCCCUAGUGAAGUGCAUGGGAAUCAAGGAUCUAGCUCUACAAACUUCCUUGUUGUCUCCAUGUGAAUCUCUUCGGUCCUUGUCUAUCCGAAGCUGUCCAGGAUUCGGGAGUACUAGCUUAGCUAUGGUCGGUAAGCUCUGCCCCAAGCUGCAUCAAUUAGAUCUCAGUGGGCUUUGUGGAAUAACGGAUGCUGGUCUCCUCCCGCUGUUGGAGAGCUGUGAAGCAGGACUUGUUAAGGUGAAUCUUAGCGACUGCCUGAACUUGACAGAUCGAGUGGUUCUCUCAUUGGCUAGGCUACAUGGUGAGACCCUGGAAUUGCUGAAUCUUGAUGGAUGCAGGAAGGUUACCGAUGCAAGUUUGGUGGCAAUUGCGGAUAAUUGCCCAUUACUUAAUGAUCUUGAUGUUUCUACGUGUGCAAUAACUGAUUCUGGUGUUGCUGCUUUAUCCUGUGGAGUGCAAGCUAAUUUGCAGGUCCUUUCCUUAUCAGGUUGCUCGAUGGUAUCAAACAAGAGCGUUCCUUCUCUUAAAAAGUUGGGGGAGAAUCUACUUGGUUUGAAUCUCCAACAUUGCUCCGUUAGUUGCAGCGCAGUUGAGCUUCUUGUGGAGGAUUUGUGGAGAUGUGAUAUUCUCUCCUAAACCAAAUGAGCACAAGGAAACGCAUCGAAAGUGGUUUGGAAGAACAAGCAGAAAAGUUAUUUGGUUCAUUCAGCUUCUAGCGAGACAGAAGCACACAUGAGUGUUGUUUUUUAGCCCGUGUAUUCGCGGCCAUCUGAUACUUCAGUGUCUCGGUUGUUUUCCGGGAGGCUAUGGCAAACCACUUUUUUCCAGGCUUCAUCAAGUCUUAAGCCUGUUUCCAACGUUUUUGGUCUCACAUGUUAUGGAGACUGCCUCUAUCGCGCCAUGGUUUCCUGAGAAUACAGUCACCGAGCACUGACACUAAAAUUUUCACUCAUGUUGCUCCUUGUAAAGCUACGCGGCUUGAAUCAUUCAGCUAAAACUUCUGUGGACGGAUUCGUUAUGCAUUUGCCUCCUUGGUGUGCUACAUUGCAGAAUCAGACCGUGUGUUCAUAGUCUAUCAUGUUAAGAGUCUUUAGUGUUCAUUGUAAGUAUCUACUUUCUGUAUUAGGCUUUAAUUGCUUGUGCAAAUCUGUAGUUUGGUGCCUGUUAUUCAGGGGCUUGGCCUUACAACCUACCUAGGUUGUUUUUUCUUUACCAAGUCCUAGUUUUUGAUAGGAUUAUCAGUCCUAUUUUUAGCAGGUUUCCAACAUUUUCAGAUUUGUACACUGCAACUAUGUUUUAUAUUAAUGAAAGUGGUAGUUUGUUUUCAA